AAAAAAGAAAGUUAGAAAAGAUAGGCAUGGGUAGUUGGGAGGGAUAGAGAGAAGAGUGAGAGAGGGCCGGGGCACGGCGACACCGUGCUCUCGUGUUUACAAAUUGCAGUUUCCAAAUUCUCGAGUCAAGAAGGGCGACCGGUGCCGGCGCGGAUGGCGAUGGGGGCGGCGGCGGCGCGCGGGGCGGCCGCGGACGCCGUGGUGACGUUCCUGUGGGUGCUGUGCGCCUCCGCGCUCGGCGCCACGACGGCGGCCGUCACGUCGCUCCUGGGGGUGGCGCAGGAGGAGGGCGGCGGCGGCCACUACGCGCUCCUCGUGACCGCGUCCCUCCUCGCGGCGCUCCUCUUCGCCUUCGACCUCCUCUGCGGCGCGCUCGGCGGCGCCAGCUUCAACCCCACCGACUUCGCCGCCUCCUACGCCGCCGGCCUCGACAGCCCCUCCCUCUUCUCUGUCGCGCUCCGCUUCCCCGCGCAGGCCGCCGGCGCGGUGGGCGGCGCCCUGGCGAUCUCGGAGCUGAUGCCGGAGCAGUACAAGCACACGCUCGCGGCGGCGGGGCCGGCACUCAAGGUGGAUCCACAUACCGGCGCCGUCGCCGAAGGGGUGCUCACCUUCGUCAUCACACUGGCCGUGCUCUGGAUCAUCGUCAAGGGGCCCCGGAAUCCCGUCCUCAAGACCAUGCUGCUCUCGGUCUCCAUCGUUAGCCUCAUCCUCGCCGGGGCAGAGUACACGGGUCCUUCCAUGAACCCAGCCAACGCAUUUGGCUGGGCAUACGUUAACAAUUGGCACAACACAUGGGAGCAGCUAUAUGUGUACUGGAUAUGCCCCUUUAUUGGGGCCAUGCUUGCUGGAUGGGUCUUCAGAGCGGUGUUCCUACCAUCAGCACCUAAGCCGAAGACCAAGAAAGCGUGAUACAUUGCAAUCCUGGAUUCAUAUAUAUAGUCAUCAUUUGGUGUUGGAUGUUGGUUUGAAGAAUCAGAAAACACAGGAAUAUCAAAGAAGUUCAUGAUGUAUUUGAUUUCCUCAACUUACAACAAAUCUGGUAUUGUGCUUUAUUACUUAUGUGUCAUUUUAUUUGUAUAAUGAAUUUAGCUAAUUAGCAUAUCUUAUUUAUCUUUUUAUUCUUUCA